GUCUUCCCUCGCCGCUCUUUUGAAGGAUAUUCAUCUUGAGAGUUUAAUGGGCUUCGUUUCGAUUGAGCAAACAGACAAAUAGACAGCGAAGAGCAGCUGUUUCAACGAGACUCCUGACCGCCGAACAGGUGCGAAAUGCAGUUUCAGUAGAGAUUGAAAGCAGCUGUUCAAGUCACUCCAUCUCACAUUGUGUCUGAGGCUGGCCGCACACGAGACCAUAAUUAAAGGAUAGUUCUCCCAAAACUGAAGAUGAGAUGUUUAUCUGCUUAUCCUCAGGGCGUCCACGAUGAGUGACUUCGUUUCUUCAGUAGACUUUUAACUCAAAGUCUGUCAGUCACACAAUGGCAGUAGCUUAAAGCAGCCAUAUUGGUUUUUUUCCACUGUACAGUGAAAGGACAGUGUUGAUCGUCCUCUAUUUGUUUUUCUUCUCCGGUCAUGUUUGACUUCUCAUGUGUGAGCGAGCUCUCGUUUCUCUGUGAAAUCAUCACGUGUGUGUUCUCGGGGUCUGCUCCAACCGUCUAGCGCGCCAGUUUUUCCAAAUCGAUCGAACUGUUAAAAAUACGGUUUUAAAAUCUUUUAAGAAUUGAAAAUGGUCUAGUGUCUGGCCAGCCCUACACUUCAGAAACAGGAAGAGAUAGAGAGAGUCCACCCAAAAAUGAAAGCUCUUCUCUCGUCCUCAUGUUGUUCCAAACCUAUAAGACUUAAUUUAUCUUUGAAAAAUUAACCAAAAGAGAUUUUUCUGUUUGUGUCCUUCCGUUGAAAGUUCACGUAAGCAAAACUCGCCAUAAAAACGAAUCCAUGUGAAUCGAGUGGUUAAAUAUCUGGUCAAUAUUGGUUAUCGCAUACAUCCUAAUUUAAACUUAAAGUGUCCCGUUGUUGAAUUAAACGCUACAAGUCACAUUAAAGCUUUUACAUAUUUUUUUAUUCUGCUUCUGUAUAAAAAAUGAGGCCCAAUGUUACCAGAAAUAAGAUUAAAUAUUUCUUGGGAUCUCGUAAAAGCUGUACAAUACAUACAGUUAAAAACACUAGACGACAGGCCAGAAACCAAAGAUCAAGCUGAAACUUAAUUAAUUACAAAAUAAAGAACAAACAAGGACAAAAAGAUUUUUCUUGAAAUAAAAACGAUAGGAUAGUUCAUAAAAAAAAAAAAAAAUAGAAACCAUCUUUGAACUGAAGGUGUGGCAAAAGACGCGUCCACUGAAGACUGGUGUAUAUGGUGUCUUACUUAAAGCUCUGUUUGGUGUAGAAUCGUUUCAGGAGCUCGUUUGCUCAUGCUUUUGUUCCUUUGUGUGGGGAUACUCUGGGCAUGUUGCUUUUCAUUAACUUCUUAGCCAAGGAUGUCCACCAAGUACAAGAAAUGGCCUUAAAGUAGCCGUUUUAGAUUAGCUCAGAUUUGAGGUAUUUUGGGCUCCUUCGAUCUGCUUUGAACUGCAAAUUGGGCAAAGUUUGUGGCUUUUAUUAAGAGAGGGUUCUUGGGCUUACCAACCAAACCACAGAAACUUCCUGAAUAUGUUGAGGAAGGGUCACCGUUUGGUCACAUCUCAAGUGCUGUGCACUUCACAGUUAAUUACGUAAACAUUUGUAACAAAACUGUUUCAAAACAGCAUAUUCAACCUGAUGGAAGACGGAUAUUGCGAUCCGUCUGGAAUGUGAUAGGAGUGGAUAGCUGAUAUCUUCUGGAGCACAGAUGGCAUACUUUUUCUUCUAAAACAUCUCAGAGUUUCAGCCCUCCUUUCCACAAAUAUCCCAGACUUCUAUCUCAUAACCCACAGGCUUAAGAAAACCUCAAACUUCCCAUAUUGCAAGAUUUGGCUUUGACCUCUAUGUAAGCAGCGCUUCACUUCCCGCCGAGGCAGCAUGCGAGUAAUGAUCUAAAGGUUAACGUUACACCGGUGAAAUCCCAUACGUUCAGCCGGCACAUCACAGACCAUGACAAUGCAGCUCUCAUCACAGACAGAGAGAAGAUACGCCGUAAUUUUAGGAGGCUUCGGUUGGUGACCUGCACUGAUCCACAUGACUGAUAUCAGCUCUUAGCAGCUUGAGCGGUUCAUGGACUUCACACAAACAGCAGGCCACAUUCAAUGCAUGUUGGUUGGAGUCCCAUUUGCAAUACUCACAAUACAACACAAAACAUUCAAACGAGGAUUUUUCUGUAACGAUGACUCUAUCAACUACCCAUAUAAAGAAGACACCAUUUCCUAUCAGUUAUUAGGAGGAGUAAUGAUUCCUAUCACUGUGCUUACUAUGAUCAUAGGGGAGUGCCUUUCAGUCUAUCUAAACCGCGUCAAAUCAAAGUCUUUCUGCAACAGUUAUGUGGCCUGUAUCUAUAAGGCCAUUGGCACCUUCGUGUUUGGUGCCGCUAUGAGCCAAUCACUUACUGACAUUGCCAAGUAUUCCAUCGGCCGGCUGCGGCCACACUUUCUGAACGUGUGCAAACCGGACUGGACGCAGAUCAACUGCACAGGAGGGGCUUACAUUGAGGACUUCGUCUGCCUUGGGGAUUCAACCAAGGUCAACGAGGGAAGACUCUCGUUUUACUCGGGACACUCCUCAUUCUCCAUGUACUGCAUGCUGUUCCUGGCACUUUAUCUUCAAGCUAGAAUGCAAGCCGAAUGGGCACGGCUCCUUCGCCCCACGCUCCAGUUCUUCCUGAUCGCCGCCUCCGUCUAUACGGGACUGUCCCGAGUGUCCGACUACAAACACCACUGGAGCGAUGUCCUCGCAGGACUCGUACAAGGAGCCAUCGUGGCUUUACUAGUGGUUUUCUUCGUCUCUGACUUCUUCAAAAAGAGAGUGGAGCCACAGAAGGAGGCCGAGAUCCCACACACCACCUUACAGGAGACACCUACGAAUGGAAAUCAUUAUGAAAACCCAAACUAAGCUACGAUGAGCCUCAGUGGACGGGAAGGGGCAGACCACUAGUGUGGAAACCUGUGAAUGUAACCUUGCUUUCUAUGUUCUCCGGACGUCUCUUCUGAGGAGGUCUCUCUGGACGCUGUCCCACGUUGCCUUGGCUGGACUGCUUCUGCUGCUACCACAGCUUCCUGUGUAUCUCCAAAAACUAAUAUAAGUGUACCUCUAUUAAGCCACGAAAGAAAAAACUUUUUUAUCUGUAUGAAGAAAAAAAAAAGAAUCACUACACAGACUUGUUUUUUUUUUUUUUUUAAAAAUGGUUAAAAUUAUGUACAAUGUGUUGCGCUUUUACGAUGGAAACAAAUUAUGCUCGUUGACAAACAUAAAUAAAACAAUUAUGUUUCAUGUA